AUGGCCUCACCAGAGGUUCGCGACUUCGCAUCCAUCAUCCUCAAUCACUCACCUCAGCCUUACACCUUCAAUUUCUCUCCUUUUCUCCGCCAAGUCCAUCACCAUGGCCUCCCUGCAGAUCGACCCAUAUGCAAGGCCUAUGCGACCGGUCACUGUCCCAACGGAACAAAGUGCCUCGACCGACACGUUAGCGACCCCACGGCGGCCAAGUCUGGAGGCGGACCUCCCCCCUCCGGCUUGAAUUCACUCGUCUGCAAGCACUGGCUUCGAGGUCUGUGCAAAAAGGGCGAGCAGUGCGAGUUCCUCCACGAGUACAACUUGCGCAAAAUGCCCGAGUGCGGAUGGAUCUCGCUCCUACAGAUGACGACAAAGAUCGUGGAAGAGAUCGAGACAGGGAUCGAGACAGGGAUGAUGGAAGAUAUCGCCACGGCCGUGGCGGAAAGUGGCGAGGCAGAGGAGAUCGGCGGUUCAGAGGACGAGGCUAUUGAUGCUAGAUUGGACCUCGGAACGCGCCUACACCGAUCACGGAUUUUGCUACGGGUUUCGACGGCUCUUUCAACAGUAGACGAGUGGAUAUUGAUUUAG